AUGGGAGCCAUAUUAUUCAAUAGCGAUGUGCUCAAAUUCGAUGUCACGGUAGGCAUUGAUCAAUUCUCGUUCCAGGUAAAGGCUGGAAGUCCCUUUUGCGGCAUUAAGAACCUCCCAGACGGUCUCCACGUGAUACACAUCAGUUCCAGUUCCAAUGAUGAUGGUGAUGGUAUAAGGUAUGGAUAUUGGUUCCAGGACUCUCGGGGUCUAUAUAUGCGAUAUGACGAGGAGAGCGGGAUGUACCAAAUGUCCCGGGAGCCGGAUGAUGCCAAGUAUGAGCGUAUGUUGCAACUAGGUAGCCAUUUGAUGGUAAGCUUCCCCAAGCUUGACGAGGCGAAUUGGCUUGAACUGACAAGAUUCAUCUCGUAUGAGCAGAUUGAGACGAUAUUGGACGCCAGAUAUCCCUACGUCGAUUCCUCCAUGACAGCCAUGGAAGAGUCCCGUGUGCUAAACAAAAGACUAAGAAUCCCCAAUGACAGUACCUGUAAGCACUUCAAGUACACCGAGAUCCACUUCAAAUCGCCCGACGCGAUACGGCCAAACCAUGAAAUGCAAGACUACAUGGACAAAUCACACUAUCUCAAUCAUGUGAUUGUCGCUCGCGACAUGAGAGGCCACAUCAACCGUCUACUGGGCGAACUACAGUUUGCAUUCUGCAAUGCAAUGUUGUUCGGUAACUACGGCUCCAGUCUGCAGUGGCAUAACAUCAUCGAACUCAUCAGCUUUAGCUCUAAACUUUCCCUUACAUUUGUUGAAAGGUUUGACAAAGUUCUCGCUUUACAACUGCAAACUCUGCCGCCAGAGUAUACAGAGGCGCUAAUGAACACGGAGAUGUGGGAAAGAUGUCUCACAAAGUCCUACCAGAGCAACAAGCUCGAACUAACCAAGAAAGCUUACGAAUCCAAAUUCGAUCUCGAGGAAGAAAAUGAAGAGUUUGAGUCUGUCGCAAGGCUAGAGACCGGUACUCUGCCCAACAUAGAUAGUGACUACGGUGAUGAUAUCGACGAGAAUAAACCAUCAGUUGCAAGUGGCGUCUACUACGUUCGACCAUGA